AUGUGGUCUCACCGGAAACUGAAGCCAGAUUGCCACUUAAGGAAGACUAUUGAAUUGUGCGAAGAAGUCUUCGGCUCACCGUCCUGCGACCUCGAAGAACCUCCGCUAAGCUUUCGCCUGUACCGCCAUGAUACAUCUUCAGAGCAAGAAUCCAUACUUUAUGAAAUAGAGCAAAAAUAUAUCAAGCCAAUAGAAGAGGUGGCCGGCUAUAACCCUAAACGCUUUCUAUACACCUGGCGUUGCGAUCUUAAUGAGGUAUCACAUGAUUUGGUUGACUAUCUCAAACUUACUUUAUAUACUUGCAGUUGA